AUACAACAUAGUAUACCGUUGAUGCAAUAAAGUGAUAAAAAAGUAUUAAUUCAUACUGACCAAUAAGUCCGAUUAUAAAAAUUACAAAUUUUACUAUCAAUAAACCAAUGUGUUCAUAAAAUCAUUUUUAACUCUAAAUUUAAAUUGUUAUUGAAAAUACUUGACCAUUAAAAAUAAAUUAUUGAGUAUUUCAACUAUUGUUCUAAAAUUUGUUGAUCUAUUAAUUGCAAUUCUAUUUAUUAAAUUUUCAAUGUUGAAAUAAUAUUGACACCCUUGUUUUCGUGAUUGUUUCGCUUAUUAUGACUACACUAGAUAGUAAUUUCAUUGUCAGAUUAAAUAAAUUUUUUUUUAGUAAGUAGAGAAUAAAAAAAAAUUUAAAUAACAGAAUCAAUAAUUAGAUGACAUCAAUAGAAUAUUUAUUGUUUAUUUUGAAUGUCCGAUUUUUUUGAGUUUCAAAAAUCUUAUCGUAAUUUGGGUGCUUGUGUCACUGGGACAUUUGAUUACAUCAUUCCUUCCAAGUUUGAGACAGGGCUAGUAAUGCCCAGCAGAAAUAAAUUGUGAAAUGUGCCGAUUUAGGCUGCGGGAAUCUUCAUAUUUAUUGAAUGGAAGUAAUAGAACUUCCUCAAUAAUAUCAGGAUCAAUAGAAGAUAAUCAAUUUAAAUUGUGUAGACACAAAGACAAUCAAGACUUUAAACGAGAUAAACAAAUAAAUAAUUUUGAAAAUGGCAGCAAUAGAAGCGCCGCCGUUUAUAAAAACGAUCGAGUGGGAUAUGAUGGACAAGAAAAAGUUUUUUCCUCUGAGUAUGCUGUCAUCCUUUUCAAUCCGAUGCUGCCUUUAUCCUCUGACUGUAAUAAAAACGCGAUUACAAAUCCAACGAAGAAAUCAUAUGUAUACAGGCAUGGUAGAUGCAUACCGAAAAAUAUAUCGAGUGGAAGGAAUUUCCGGUUUAUACCGAGGGUUUUGGAUAAGUUCUAUUCAAAUAGUAUCCGGUGUAUUUUAUGUGUCAACGUACGAAGGCGUAAGGCAUAUUCUACAUCAAGAUCCUCUUACAGCAAAUCUAGAUUCAAGAAUAAAGGCAUUAAUUGGCGGAGGUGCAGCAAGUACUGUUGCCCAAACAAUUGUUGUGCCUUUUGACGUACUCAGUCAACAUCUUAUGGUACUCGGAGUAACAACAAAGCAUGGAAAAUUUUCAGUUGAUAAGAUGGCGAUGAAUCCAUUAGGACUAAAUAUCACCGUAGGAUCAUCACGCGCUUUUAUCACUAGUGAAAUAAUUAAAUCAAUUUAUCAAAAAGACGGCGUAAGAGGAUUUUAUCGAGGAUAUGUAGCUUCCUUGUGUGCUUACGUACCUAACAGUGCAUUAUGGUGGGGUUUAUACACUUUUUAUCAAGAUGAAUUAAUACGAAUUUUACCGAAUUGGGUAUCUCAUUUAUUUAUCCAGUCAUUGGCUGGAACUUUUGGUGGAUUUACGACGACGAUCAUAACAAAUCCACUGGAUAUCGUACGUGCAAGAUUACAAGUUCAGCGCUUAGAUAGUAUGUGCAAUACGUUUAAAAUUUUAUGGAUUGAAGAGGGUUUCAAAAUGUUCUCAAAAGGUCUAUCGGCAAGACUUGUGCAGUCAGCAUGCUUCAGUUUCUCAAUAAUACUUGGCUACGAAACUAUCAAACGUAUUAGUGUAAAUGAAGAGUACAAAAGUCAUAUAAGAUGGUGAAAGAUUCAAAAUUUAUAUAUAUAUAAUGUCCCUUUAAUUUAAUUGUUUAAUAUAUUUUUUAUUGUAUCGGUACCAUCAUGAUUAUUGAUCCAAAGAUAAAAUAAUGAUGUAAGUAGAAAUAUCUCAUUCCAUCUUGUAUAUAAUGCAGGUUAUCUGACUUAUCGACAUGUAUAUAGAUAUAUUAAUUUAAUAAUUCGAUAAUUAAAAUAUUUAAUUGAUCAAUAAAAAACAUUUUAAA